CCGCUCUGCCCGGCGGGGCGGAGCACAACAUGGAUUUCCCAACCUUUCGCGUCAUUUGUAUCCGGCUGCUCUGAAGUCCAAUAGAAAGACGAGAAAAGAAAACAGUGUAGACGGCCUGUACUCUGCUAUCCUCGAACGCCAUCUUAAACAGAAAAGGGGCUUUAAAUCGGGAGGAAACGGGAAAACGGGCGGGGGGGGGAGAGACAGACUGUUGUUUUCGCCCGUGUUUUAAGCCCUCGGGUCGCUCUGCAGCAGCACCAGUCGUGGCUUUUGGCGCUUAUAACACAGAGUAAAGUCGCGAGGAAAUCGGCGAGGUACUGGUUAGCCCCUAGCUAGCUCGCGAGGGGGAGGGGCGGGGGUUUGGAGGAUUUUUUUUUUUCCCCCCGCAGCCGAAGUUGUUUGUUUAUGUUAUUCCACACGGACAUGUCCUCUUCAAACCCAGAGUUACCAGACCCAAAUCUGGGUAUGGGGGCAAGUGGGACCCAAGCAGGUGGCGGUGCCGUGGUGACAAAAGGGACCAACAAGAGACGAGCAGCGCCAGACUUUGAUGAUGAUGAAGGAAGCAAAUUGUUCCGGUGUGAUGAUGAAACAGCCGGCUCCAACAAUGACAAAGAGCGCUUUGCCAGGUUUUUGGAAGACGAUCAGAGUUUUGCAGAUAAGGAAAAACUAGCCAGGGAAAACCACAGUGAGAUUGAGAGGAGGAGGCGAAACAAGAUGACUGCCUACAUCACAGAAUUAUCAGACAUGGUGCCCACCUGCAGCGCUCUAGCACGGAAACCAGACAAACUAACCAUCCUACGAAUGGCCGUGUCCCAUAUGAAGUCUCUGAGAGGAAGUGGCAAUACCAAUGCAGAUGGGUCGUACAAACCUUCCUUUCUCACUGACCAGGAGCUGAAGCACCUCAUCCUGGAGGCAGCUGACGGCUUCCUGUUCGUGGUGUCAUGUGAGACCGGUCGCAUUGUUUACGUCUCAGAUUCCCUGACACCCGUCCUCAACCAGUCACAGUCUGAAUGGCUCGGCUCCUCCCUUUAUGAUCAACUCCACCCAGAUGACACAGAAAAGCUCAGGGAGCAGCUCUCCACUGCAGAGAAUAACAGCACAGGAAGGAUGUUGGACUUGAAGACAGGAACGGUGAAGAAGGAAAGCCAGCAGUCAUCAGCCAGAAUGAGUAUGGGAGCCCGUCGAUCAUUCAUCUGCAGAAUGAGGUGUGGCUCGUGUCCAGUGGAGCCUUUGUCGAUGAACAGACUGAACUUCCUAAGGAAUAGAAACAGGAAUGGUUUGGGUGCAGCCAAGGAAGGGGAGCCCCAGUUUGUAGUGGUCCACUGUACAGGAUACAUCAAGUCUUGGCCCCCUGCAGGAGUAUCAUUAACAGAUGAUGAAGCAGACAACACUCAAGGGAGUCGCUACUGUCUAGUUGCUAUUGGGAGGUUACAGGUGACUUGUUGCCCAGGUGACACAGACAUCAACAGUAUCAGUGUUCCCGUAGAGUUCAUCUCACGCCAUAACUGCCAGGGCAUGUUCACCUUUGUAGACCACCGCUGUAUGGCCACUGUCGGCUACCAGCCACAGGAUUUACUGGGUAAGAAUAUUCUCGAGUUCGCCCACCCUGAAGACCAGGGCUUGUUGAGAGACAGCUUCCAACAGGUGGUGAAGCUGAAGGGCCAGGUUUUGUCAGUGAUGUUUCGGUUCCGCUCCAAAUCGAGAGAAUGGAUCUGGAUGAGAACAAGCUCCUUCACCUUCCAGAACCCGUUUUCAGAGGAGAUUGAGUAUAUCAUCUGUACCAAUGUCAAUGUCAAUAGAAACUCGACUCAGGACCCCCUCACUCCCAUCUCCUCCCCAGGGGGUUUGCUGCCCUCUUCCUUGGGUCAGAGCAGCCCAAGCGGCCCUCCUGUAGUGCUCAGCCCGGGGCAGGUGGCCACCAGGCAGUUCCAACAGCAGCAGCAGGCCGAGCUGGAUGGAGGUGGAGCCAGAGACGGACUGUAUGAGGCAGGACCAAUGACCCUCUCGCAGAUGCCAGUCCAGCCGGUGCAGCCGGUCACAGCUGCAGGGCCAGACCACAGCAAGUCCCUUGAAAAGCCAGACCUUUACUCCUCCCUUUUCCAAGGCCCAGAUCAGACCAAGGGCAUCCCCGCCACUUCCACACCCUCCACACAGAUUUACCCUCCAGCCAACAACUUCACUGCUGGUCGAUCCAGUGAUGCUUACAGCAGGCCAGUCAAUAUGACUCCACAGAUGGCACAGCCAGCCCACUCAGCAGGACAGAUGCUGGCUCAAAUGUCUCGACAGAAUGGAGCCCCGCAGUCAGUUACCCCCUCCACCACUGGCAGCCCCCUCCAUGGAGGACCAGCAGGAGGAUGGCCUGGAGCUGGAGCUGGAGCUGGAGCUAGACCACAAUUUAAUAACCAGCAGGUGGCUCCCCAGGCAGCAAAGACCAUGUCUCCACAGUUUGCUCCCAUGGGAGGAUUUGGAGGUGGCUCUUCCACCUCUUUUGGCCCGAUGCCUACGGGUGCUGCUCCCACCCCCACCGGCGGUGCAAACUACCCACAAAUUAAUGCUCGUGCCAGCCUCAACACCAAUGGUUAUGAUGGCUCUCAGUCUGGGGCACAGUUCCCAUCUCGAGCAGCGGAGGCAGUGUGGCCCCAGUGGCAAGGCCAGCAGCACUCACAGAGUAAUGCAGAGCAGCAUCCUCAUGCUCAGGGUAACCAGCAAGACAUGUUUCCUGAUGUGUUGUCUAUGCUGGACCAGCCUGCCAACUUCAACAGUGAUGACUUUGAGAUUUCCAUCUACCCUUCGUUUAACGAGUGACCUGGUCAAUACUUGUCUGCUAGUUCACCCCUUUAUCUUUUUGACUGUUUUUGCCCUCACUCCUCCUUAUAUUUCGCUCUUCUGCUCCUGUUUUCUUCCUGCUCCUGAGAGUAGCACUCUUCCCCUGCUUUGCAUGGCUUAUACUGCACUGCUACAGCCAGCUAAAGAUGGAGGGAUAUAUCUGACUGCAGAUAUAUAGGAAAGGAAAAUCAAGGAUUUGCUACUGACUAAAAGAUUAUUAUUUUAACAAUAUUCCAGCCAUGUAAGAAAAACUCUAGCUAGCACUGCCCAAAGCAAAUAU